UAUUUUUCCGUUAUUACAUGCAAAGCAGAAGAUUGAACGAUAUCAGACACCGAACAAAUUUUCCUUUCUGGCUCCUUUCGUGGUUCACUGUUUCUCCACAACUCUUCAACUUCUUCUCUUCUUUUACUCUUUGAAUAAGCUAAAACAAACUCCUUUAUAUUUAUAUAAAUAUUAUCUGUUUUCUUUUUCUUUGAUAAGGGUUUAGAUUUUGUGUGUUCAUGGAGGAAAAUAACAAAACUGCCGCCAUAGUUUCUGAUGAGUCUCCGGUUGUCAACUGUGGAAGUGUUUUAACUUUGAGUUGUGGUGGGGGAUCAGCUGGUAGUGAUGACACUGAAACUAGAAUGAAAAGAAAGAGAGGUAGACCGAGAAAACAUGAUCCUGCACACAUGGAAUCACAUCCUCUGGCCCUUGUUUCUUCUAGCUUUUCGCCGAAUUCUUCAACCAAACGGCGAAGAGGCCGCCCCAAAGGCUCUGGAAAGCUUCAGGUUUUGGCUUCCCUUGGUGGUUACUUUGCAGAAACGGCUGGAGGAAACUUUUCCCCUCAUGUUCUGACUGUAGGAACAGGGGAGGAUAUUGUUGGUAAGAUGAUGCCCCUUUUACAAAGGCUUCCACGAGCUGCACUUUGUAUUCUUUCUGCUGUUGGCAUGGUCUCUAAAGGCGUUAUACGCCAGCCUGGUUCUCCUAAUGGUGUGUUGAGUUUUGAGGGUUCCUUUGAAAUUCUGUCUCUAUCUGGAUCAUUUAGUUAUGGUGAAGGGGACAUUAACCUUCCAGCAAAGGGCUUGUUAACCAUUUCAUUGGCUAAACCUGAUGGGCAAGUUUUUGGUGGUGUUGUUAAUGGCUCUCUUAUUGCAGAUUGCCCUAUACAACUUAUUGUUGCCACUUUCAAGAAAAAUAUAGCCAAGCAGAUUAAAAGAAGGUAUUCUUCUGACUCUUCCACCACUGCGAGUAGGCUUGGAGAUUCAAAGAUGGCUGGAUUUCUCAUGAAUAAUUCUAGAUUGACAGAUGACAACGAGAACCCCAGUACACCAACAACUGCACUCUUGGAAUUAGCCCGUGGAGGAGUAGAUACUGUAACUGCUGAAAACCAGCACUCAAGUCCGGCUUCUCCCCAAAUAGCCAAUGAAAACGCCUUGCAGCCCAUAUCAGACAAAGGGACAUCUCCAGAUAGUGUUAUUAUUAAGAACCAAAGCUCUAGUCCAGCGCCUUUGCACAAUAUUAAUGAAAACACAUUGCAGGCUAUGCAGCACAAAUCAGAUCCAGAGACAUCUCUAAAUAUUACUACUGCUGAAAACAAAAAUCCGAGUCCAACUUCUCUGCACAAUGUUGCUGACAGUGCCUUGCAGGAUUUGCAGCCCAUAUCAGAGAGAGGGACAUCUCUAGACAGUGUCAUUGUUGAGAAACCAGUCACAAAUCCUGCUUCUCCACAUAACGUCGGUGAAAAUCCUUUGCAGAUUUCGCAAUCUUUGUCAGACCAGGCUACAUUGCCAGAUAUGACUACUCAUGAAAACCAAAACAUGAGUCCUCUGCAAAAUGGUGGUGAGAAUGCUUUGGAGAUUCAGCAGUCCAUAUCAUAUAAAAAGACAUCCCCAAUUACUAACAUUGUUGAAAAUGAAACUGAGAGUCCAAUUUCUCCUCACAAUAUUGGUGAUAACACCGUGCUUUCUCAGAAGUCUCCACACCCUGGUAACAACCGGGAAGACCAAAACUCAAAUCCUGCUUGUCAACAGAAUGGUGGUGUUGGUGAGAAUAUGUUGCGGAUUUGGCGGCCCAUAUUUGACCAAAGAUUAUCUCCAGAAAUCAAUUAGCGUAGACAAGUAGAGUUGUCUUUCUCCCCUUCUCCAAUAUACUGCAAAAAACUACUGAUUUAUUUUUGUUGUCCACAUUAAUACCGGUUAAAACUUACAGGAAACGACAUAUGCAGUUUGCAUAUGAGGGGUUUUGGAUUUCACCAAUGACUUCUUUGCUAAUAAAAUGAAUUCCUUAUAUUA